GUUGAAGAAGGGGGAAAUGGCUAGACUACAGCCGCUGCUUUACAUUGGUGAUCAGAUAUUUUACAUCAGCUUGUGUUGGUAAGAUUGAUCAAGACGACACCUCAUUGGAUUCACCGGCAGACUUUCCACCUGAGGCUGAUCUCUUCAAUAUUAUAUUAUCAGUAUAAGGAGAAGAUAUUCUCCUUAUUCUCCACCUUUUUGACAGGUGAACAGUUACCAUUAUUGCACAGAGCUACGUUGCUUGGCAGUGCCAGAAAGGUCCUACACACCUUGAUCAUCGUUGGAUUUGUUUUCAUACAAUUAUCUUGACUUUCGAACAUGUCUUACAAUCAUCCGUUCCGAAACCCACCAGAUAAUAUGUACUCUGACUCACAACGUAUGUAUCCCCGAGAGUCCAGCACUUACAGGUCAAGAAUUAGGACCACAUCUCCAGAUCAUACUCAGUCCUCUUCCGAAGCCACUGUCCUUCCACCUGGUAAGGCUUUGUCCUUUCUACACAGCUGCGGACUAGAUGCCGAGGACCUUAAAUCUCUUGCCGAGCUCCCUGAGCAUCUCAUCACAUCUGAGACACUUCCUGACCUGCUUGCACAGAUCAAGAAGAAGAAAGCAGCCAACACAACAUCAUCCAGGUGCAGUUUAUCAGCUUACUCCUGGAAUGAUAGGAGCGACACUCAAACGGUUGAGUGUCCGGUGGAUUUGCCUUUCCGUCAGGCAUAUCAUCGUGAGCAAGUAAUGACUUGGGAAGACCAAUGGGGAAAUGUCCAGAAAACCAGCUCACCAACACGUUCAUACACCAGUUCUGAGUCAAACUAUGUAAUUGAGUACAACCAUCUGAAAAACAAAGAGUCUAUUUAUUUUGAUAAAGCAGCUUAUGCAACAGAACCAUCAAGACUGAAAACAUCGGUGGUCUCGCAGUCUUACACUAACUACAGCAGAGAUGAUAGUCAACCUUCAUAUCUGUCCAGCAGAGACAUCGGUGAGUCCACAAACCGGUCCAGCAGAGACCUCAGUCAGUCCACAAACCAGUCCAGCAGAGACAUCAGUCAGUCCUCUAUCCGGUCCAGCAGAGACAUCGGUCAGUCCUCUAUCCGGUCCAGCAGAGGCAUCGGUCAGUCCUCUAACCGGUCCAGCAGAGGCGUCGGUCAGUCCUCUAACCGGUCCAGCAGAGGCAUUGGUCAGUCCUCAAUCCGGUCCAGCAGAGACAUUGGUAUUCCACCACUCCUGUCCAGCAGAGACAUUGGUAUUCCACCACUCCUGUCCAGCAGAGACAUUGGUAUUCCACCACUCCUGUCCAGCAGAAACAUCAGAAUUCCCCCACUCCUGUCCGGCAGAGAUGUUAGUCAAACCUCACACAUUUCAAGCAUUCCCCCACUCCUUUCCAGCAGAGACAUAGGUCAACCUGCACAUCACCGGAGGACUGAGAUGGUUCAUAAAGUACCUACCAGGAAGGAGGCGUCAGAUUUCCAUGGGAAAAUCCCACCAGUGUUUCCCUAUGCGUGUGUACUCUGUGAAAUCACCGUCCUCUCUAACAAUGACUGGUCUGUGCAUAUAAAUGGAGCUCAACAUGCUAACAGUCAACUCAGUCUUGUGGAAAAGUAUCCAGAAUGGGAUCAAAAGGUCCGGUCUGCUCGAAGAAAUGAGUCCGUUCCUGAAAGAUCACAGCCUAGAGCCACGCAGGAACGAGGUGGAAAAUCAGGCAGUAGAAAUGGAUCGUCAAGCAACAGAAGUGGAUCGUCAAGCAGUAAAAGAAAAUCGUCGAGCAGUAACCAGAAUAAAACUGAAGCAAGCGAGAAGUGCAAAGUGGUGUGUGUGAAGUUUGAAGCAGUUGAAGUUGAUGAAGCAUACCUGAAAAAGUUGCUUGGCCAAUUUGGACCGAUUGUCAAAAUGAUCAUGUUUCCUAAACUGGCUUUUGCGGAGAUGGGAUCAGCAGAACAGGCGGAGGAUAUAGUUAAAUACUUCUUACACAACCCCUUGAGGAUCAAAGGACAAAUCCUAGAUUUCACACUGUCUUCAGCGUUCAGUUUUCUACAGAGUUCCAGUGUAGUGAGCUUUUCACCAUUGCCUGCUGGAGAUAGCAUAAGCUCCGAGUUGAUGGCCGUUGCUAAGCGUUUCGGAUCAGUAAAACAUUCCCUGUUUUUACCAAGCCGGGGUUAUGUGGAGAUGGCCAAUCCGGAAGAGGCUAGCAAAUUGGUUGAGCAUUAUUCAACCAAUUUACUCAAAUUAAAAGGAAAAACCAUUAAUGUUUGCUUCUCAUCUGAGUACAAGACACUUGGUGAAAAAGAAAUAUCACCAAUACCUCAAAGCAGCUCCAGAAGGAGGAGGAGGAGUGCAAGCCCACAAAAGAGAUCCCACAGUUCUCGAAGAGACUCUCCCAGCCCCAAACGAAGAUCCUCAGAAGAGAGAUCCAGGUCUCGCAGGAGUUCAAACUCUAAGAAACGAGAUGAUGGGCAACGAUCUAAGGAGAGCUCUAGACGAGUGAGCUCUAGACGGGACAGCUCUUCCAAAGCUCAUUCCAAAAAGUCUUCUAAAGACCAGAGCAAAAAAACAGAUGAGAGUGCGAAGAAGAUUGAUGAAAACAAGGAUCAGUCUGACACCAUGGAAGAUGAUACCAUAGAUCAGUCCAAGACUAUGGAAGAUGAUACCAUGGAUCAGUCCGAGAUUAUGGAAGAUGAUGUCAAUUAUCAGUCCGACAUUAUGGAAGAUGAUAGUGACCUUGAAGGAGUGGCAGUUAUAGCAGAUGAUGGUGAAGCGUUGAACUCAGAAAAUGAAGAGCUCAAAGAAGAUGCUGAACCAGACCAUCAGGUACAAGAUGCCUCAGCAGAACUUACUCAACAAGAAACAUCUGAGGAAAUGCCAAAUGUGGAACAGUCAAAUGACCAAACUAUAUUGCAAGACAUGGACGCAUCAAACAAACAUCCAGAGAUGUCAGAGCAUGUUCUAGAUGCUACAACUACAAAUGGAUCAUGUGACCCUAAGGAAGCCCAAGAACUUAAACAAGAAACCCUAAAAGAUCAAACUGUGGCAAUGGAUGAGGAAAUUGAAGAUUUUCCGAAGAGUCUAGAUAACUGCAUCACCUUAGAUGAAUUUAAGGAGAAAAUGGUGGAAGAACAUGAGACUGAACAAGGUGAUGACCAAGAGAUCUUAGCUUCAAGCACUGAGGUUCGUCUGUUUUCCCCUUCAAAGUUUGAAAAGUUUGGCAAAGUCCUUGAGGUGAUUGGUUUUCCUGUGGCUAAAAAAUAUUCUGAAGCUGAUUUGCUGAACAUCGGGAAAAAAUAUGGAGAUGUGACCGACUGUUGUCUGGUUCGCAACAAUGGAAAGGUGGAGAAGGCAUUAAUUGAGAUGGUGAAUGCUGCUGACGCUGCGAAAAUUGAAGCUGAGUCUAGUAAGAAGAAAAUUAAACUAGGUGGCAGAAUCUUGAGGAUAACUGUGUCAAAGACAUACAUCCAAGUGAAAGAAGGGAAAAGUGUUGACUCUGAAUCUGGAAAAGUGGAAUGUGAAGAACAAGAUGAUGAGAUUAAAAAGGAGUUCUUACACUCCGAGACUUCCUGUGAGGAGAAUUCAGGAGUGCUUGAAGAGACCGUAAAGGCCUCUGAAGAAGGUGCUGAAGCUUCAGUGGAGAGCAACAUGGACACAGUCAUGCAAAUGUCUAGUGAUGAGGAGGAAGACUACGGCAAAGUUCUCUGGAUCAGAAACCUUCCACUGGCUAAUGAAUACAGUGAUGCAGAUUUUCUGAGCAUUGCAGAAACGUACGGGAAAGUAGCACGCCAUUGGCUGCUUCGCACCCAUCGAACGGGACUGAUUGAAAUGGAAAAUGCUUCUGAUGCUGAAAAGGUUGUAGCUGCUGCCAACAUGAAGGAAAUUACAAUAGCUGGAAAACAUCCUAUGAUUGCAGUGUCAACAAAACACAGACAUUUAAAUAAAAGGUACUUUCACCAAGGAUCCAGUGAUGAAACUGUUCAACAAACACUUGCUGAGUUGGAGGCUGCUGAGAAUGGAUCCAAGACACACAACAAUAUUUCUGACCAGUUGUCAGAAUCAGUCAAGGAGUCCUCUAAUGAUGAACAAGAUAUCAACUCAAAAGGGGAUGAAAAGCAGCUUUCUGCAUCUGAUGACUUAACAGAAACGAUGGUGGAAAAUUCUGACAGUUCAGAGACACAGACACAUCUAAACGAUCCAGCAGGAACGGAGUUUAUUCGACCUGUGGUGGGCUACUUUUGCAGCUUGUGUAAUGCCAUCUAUGCCAGUGAGGAAGAGGCCAAGAAUGAACACUGCAGAACUGUCAUGCACCAUCAAAAGCUAAAGGAAUGCAUGGAGCAAAAAAGCUCAACAUAAACCUCACAUUAAACUGCCUAAUCCAGAAUUGAUUCACAAACCUUAAUAAAUAAUUGUCCUUACAUAGUUAAUGUACAUUGUCGAUUUUAACAGAUAAAACUUUUCAAAAUAAAUUCGCUUAACAUAAAAAAUGUCACAUUGUUUAUAAGUAGUAAUUUGUCCUUGAUAUAUGAAACUCCUGGUUGUAGUAAAUAAAACAUGUUCUGUGUUUUACUGUAUUGUAAUACAUAUAAACAGUCAUAUAAAUUCUGACCAAAUAAAAUAAUAAUUCAACU